AAAAUCGCAUAGUGAAGACACAACUUGUAAAUAGAGAAAUUCUGUAUUGUGUCGGUUUCAUAAAAGCAGCUAACAAGUUUUAAUGUUUUAAGAAGAUAUUGUUUCGAGUAUGUGAGUGAAAGUAGCGUCAGUCGCACGCAUUCCAUUAAUGUACCAAAAUUUAAUAGAUGUGAUUGUGAAACUGUGGGAUAUUUCUACAAUAAUUUUUGCAGUUCAAGUACAUAGUCGAAGGAAUUUCAUUGUAGACGCGUGGGCUUAUCAAUUUGAUAAUGAUUCUCGGCAACAUUUCUAAUAAUAAUUUCCAGUGAUGAUAGCAAAUGAAAUAAUUCUGCGUGGAUUAAGUGAACGAUAAAGGCGAAAAUGAUGUAAAAGUACCAAAAAGAAAAUAAUCUACUGACUGACACAGGUGCACCGAUUUGUUUGUACGAAAAUCCGUAGUAAACGGCUCCUUGGCAAGACACCACACGAACAAACGGAUGAGUAGAAAGUGUAUAACGAGGUGAUUAACUCGUUUUAUUUGUUUUAAAAAUUUGAUGGGUUGGUAAAUUUUGCAAGAAUAAAAUUUCCGCGAUUCGCUGACGUCACAGUAGGUUUGCCUGGUAGACAGAGACGCGCGUACGCGGGCGACGCGAGUGCGAGAGCGACAGGCGAGAGGACGUGUCACGUUGGAGUUGACGUUUAAAAUUCCGACGAGACAACCACUGCAACGCGCAGCCCCUGUGCAGCGGCCGGCGAGGCAAUAUGGAGCAAAAUUGGUGUGCGAAGUGUCGAAUGGGCUCGGUUUUGUAGAAAUUGUAAAUGUUUGAUGUUGUAGGUGGUGAGCGGUGCGAGGCCCUCCGGUACCAUGGGGAAGCUACUGUCGAAGAUCUUCGGGAACAAGGAGAUGCGGAUCCUGAUGCUGGGCCUGGACGCGGCGGGCAAGACCACCAUCCUGUACAAGCUGAAGUUGGGCCAGUCCGUGACCACCAUCCCCACGGUGGGCUUCAACGUGGAGACUGUGACCUAUAAAAACGUGAAGUUCAAUGUGUGGGACGUCGGGGGGCAGGACAAGAUCAGGCCCUUGUGGCGGCACUAUUACACGGGGACUCAGGGGUUGAUUUUCGUGGUGGACUGUGCGGACCGCGACCGCAUCGACGAGGCUCGCCAGGAGCUUCAUCGGAUCAUCAACGACCGCGAAAUGCGCGACGCAAUAAUACUCAUUUUCGCCAACAAGCAGGACCUGCCGGAGGCAAUGAAGCCCCACGAGAUCCAGGAGAAGCUAGGGCUGACCCGAAUCAGGGACCGGAAUUGGUAUGUGCAGCCCGCUUGUGCCACUACUGGGGACGGCCUAUACGAAGGCCUCACAUGGCUCACGAGCAACCACAAGUUAUAGCACCCCAGCACACAUUCGUUUUAGUACAUGACUGCAAUGGAGCGCUAUUUCAUUAGUUUAGAGGAGAUUCUUCAGGAAACGAAUUCGUGUCAAUACACAUUCCAACUGCCUAUGUCCGUAGGAUGGUUGUGAUAUUCACAAGUCCUCGAAGAAUACCUCACAUAUUCUGUAAAUAAAUUCAAUUGUAUUAUGUAUUAACAUUCAUUGUUUUAUAUUGUAAAAUAUUGUUGCUGCAUUUAAAACUUAAAAGUGAGCGUUAAAAACUUCGUGUUCUUUACAUGUAUGCAUACCAACAUAGUUAUUAUUUAUUUAAAUCCAUAGACGAUGAAACUGACAAUUUUAGGUGAUAUCUGUUCAUUUAUUUUAAAUUGAUUUCAAAACUCAAUUAUGUUCAAAUACAUAUAUUUAUUACAUUUUCUAAUUUGAUUUUUUUUGCAACUUAGUAGAUAUUACCAAAAAUACCUUUAUGUAACUCAAGACUGAAUAGAUAUAAGAAAUUUCUCAGCCUUUCAUGUUUCACCUAAAAUUUGUGUUGCGUCAAUUCAUUCAAUUUGUGUGGCUGAUUAUUUAAUAACUUCUUUAAAUGACAAACGUCAGUGCUUGAUACGUCCAAUGAAUAUCUAUGAUGAACAUACAGCAUUGUACACUCACUUUAAUAGAAUUUGAAUUGUAUAUAUUUUUAGGGAUCGAGGAAAUUAGAGCAAAUUGAAUUUUUUUAUGGUGCACAGCUUCCUAGAAGUAACUAGUACUGGAAAAACAAAUUUAAUUUUUAUAAAAGACUCAUUGUUUACUAUCUUUGUUGAAAAAAAAAGGAAUAUUUCUGUUAACAUGUAUUGAAUAAUCGAAAAACCAUAUAUUUUUAGACAAAAUAUUUUGUUACUAAUUGGCUUCUCAAUUUUAUUAGAUAGUGAUAAUUUGGGAACAAUUGUGCAUUAAUUUUGCUUGCUUUUGUAAAAUAUGUAUUGUGAAGCACUUCUUCGAUUUAAAUAAAUAGUCUAAAUUUCAAACCAUUUUCAAAACUUAUUUCAAAAUUUUAGUUUUCAUUUAUGUAACUUUAUUAUUUGUAUCGUGCGUUAUCAGCGGCCAUACUUUGUCAACCUGAUACUGCUUAUGGCCUUUGUAUUAAACAAAUAAACCUUAAUUCACUUGUAAUAAAUCACUUGUAUUCUUAUGAGUACGUCAACGCCUUUUUAUUUGUUUAAGGUGUAUGUACUAACGUUGAUCAAAUAUUUUCAUUAAUAACGAAAAUUUUAUUACGCAUUUAAAUUAUUUUUUUACUGUAAAUUUUCAGUAUGUAUAUCUGUUUUUAUAAGGACAUUUGUUUAUUGGAAUUUUGCUAAUAUUUAUUCCGCCUCAUAAAAACGAUAAUAAAAUAAUACUAGUUAAAUAUUAUAACUCUCGUAUUAUUUUAUUUUUAUUUAACAGUACGGCAACUACAAAAUAAGCAAGGGCCCUGAAGUUGCGACAGUUUUAAUAUAUGGUAGUAGAGGAAAGUGGGACACCAUGGAUAGUAUCUUAUCUUCUGAUAUUUUUCCAACAAUAAUAAAUAUAUUUUGGACAAUAAAAUACUUCUCGCUACUCAUUUCAAUCAUUCUUGAUGAUUUUUAAAGUAAACCCGUGAACUGAUUUUCAAACAAACAAACGUCAAAGUAGAAAGCGACAUCUAACGACAGUUUCUUCAAAAAGACGUUGACAUCAGAGGCCAACUCGAAUUUCGAUAGCACACCAGUUAAUAUUUCAAAAUGUACGUAUUAAAUAUAAGCUACUUACCUUAGAAAGAAAAUCACACGAACUUACUCUACAAAAAAGGCAGUUCUUUGAUCACAGUGGAAGUAUUUCAAAACUCGAGAGACCAACGAACGAGUUGUUUUAAAUUUAACAUGUUUUGACAGGAAUCGUUAAUUAAAAAUUUCGAAUCAUAAUUUAUUUAUAAUUUAAUUAUACAAAUGCGUACAAUAAGUAUAUCGGAUGAUGGUCCUAUUAAAAAAAAUGAGCUGGUGGUUACAGAAGUAUUUUCGUACAUAUCCGAGUUUACAAAAAUCGUCAAUUUUAAUAGUGUGUUGGAUGGUAUGCAACCAAAAAUUCAGAGCUCAACGUAGAUGACAGAACUAACAGUCGUAUAAACUACAAAGUGUUUUUUUUUACUCAUUAUAUAACCCCGUCAAACACGACUCGACAGUAACAGCUCUGCGAAUUGCACUCGAAGUAUGCAUUUGAUUCGUACACGUUAGGUCGGUUUUUAUGACCGCGACACAAUUUUUCACAAAAACUCCUACGUGCAUUUUUUAUAAUAAUGCUCGAACAUUUUUACUUGACAUGAUUGUUUUUAGUCAUUUUAGGUCCAUUUGGUUAUCAACAAAUGUUAAGAACAAUGAGUGUUGAUCAUUUACACUUUCUCUUUAUAGCUGUAGCGGUUUACAGUUUACAUUGUACUUAUCGAAAGACAAAUGAAUCAUAACUGCGCCAGUAAUUGCAGUGUUAUUGACUGUAUGUUCAGAAAAAAUAAAAACAUGAUACUCGCAUUUUUC